CUAUUUUGAAUUAUUAAAUUUGUUUAAAUAAUAAAUAAUCAAUAUUCGAAAUAGAAUAUGAAUGUGCGUGAUACUGUAGAAGAAUUAACGCAAAUAGGUAUAGAAAUACGUGGAAGUUUGGAAUUAUUGCUUGACAGAAAAGAACAAAAGGAAUUAGUAUUACGGCAUAUUAAAACAUUUUCAAAUAAAAAUACGCGGAUCGCUGAUUUUCAAGCAGGCAAAAGAUAUUGUAUGUAACGAUUCGUGUUACACAACGAAAUGUUUAAAAAAUCCAAGGAACAAAAUAUGAAGAAUAUUAGGGAGUUAACUACAGCAAGUUCAAAUCAACCAUUGUGUUCGAAUGAUAAAGAAAAUAUUUUACUUACAGAAGAAGAAAUACGCGAAUAUUUCAAAUUAAUAGAACACGAAAAAAUUCUUGAUCAAGAAUUGACCAAUUUAAAAAUUGAAGAAACAGAAUUUCGUUCAAUUCAAGAAACUAUGGAUUUAUUACACAAAUACAAUGAAAUUAAAGAUGUAACUCAAAUGGUUAUAGGAGCAAUAGCUGUACUAAAUAAUACUACCAUCAAGAAUUUGUUUGGAAUGGUUCAAUGUCACAGAGGAAUUAUCUUUAUAUCGACAUCUGAAUGGAAAGAUUAUUAUUUUGGAUUUCUUUACAUAUUGUUGCAUCAAUUGUAUGCACAUUUUACCAGAUUUAGAUGACCUUGAAAAAAGAUUUCCAAUUACUGAUGGCCUUGUUGUUAUUGGAGUACACAGUGCAAAAUUUUCAAAUGAACGAGAUUCAAAGAGACUCUUGUCAGCAAUUCAGAGAUACAAUAUAAAACAUCCAGUUGUAAAUGACAAAACAUUGUCAGCAUGGCGUAAUUUAGGAAUUUCAUGUUGGCCAACAUUACUAAUGAUAGGUCCUACUGGGGAAUUAUUGGCUGUUUUUGUAGGAGAAGGACACAGAGAUGAAUUGAUUCUAUUUGUAGAAGUAGCGUUAACUUAUUUUAAAUCAUUAAAUAAAAUAUCUAAAAAUGAUCUUCCUUUGCAAUUGGAAUGUCAUUUAUUGGCUACUGUGGAUAAUAAAAAUCUUUUAUUCCCUAGUAAGUUGGAGAUUUUUCAGAAUGAACAAGGAGAAAAUUUGAUCAUAGCUGAUACUGGCAACAAUAGAAUUUUAAUAGUGGACACUAAAGGAAAUGUACAACACGUUAUUGGUGGUUCUAAUCCUGAUUUCAGAGAUGGUGAUUUUGAAAAUGCAAGAUUUAAUGCACCUCAGGGAGUGUGUAUAUUAGAUACUUUUAUUUAUGUUGCUGAUAAUGAGAAUCAUGCAAUUAGAAAGAUAGAUUUGAUAAAAAAAAUGGUAACUACUGUUGUUGGUACGGGUAUUCAAGGCCAUGAUUAUAUUGGAGGUAAAAUUGGUAAAGAUCAAAUUUUGUCUUCACCAUGGGACCUUGCUAUUUAUAAAUAUGAGUAUAAUAAAAAUAUUAUACCUAUAUUAUUAAUCGCAAUGGCUGGUACUCAUCAGAUUUGGGCGCUUUUUUUAGAAGAUACUAUUUGGUGGAAAAAAAGAGAAUACAAAGCGGGUACUUGUAUUGCUAUAGUAGGAAGUGGCAAAGAAGAAAAUCGUAAUAAUUUGUAUCCUCAUACAGCUGGUUUAGCACAACCGUCUGGUUUAACUGUGAACAAAGAACGAAAAAUUGCAUUUUUUGCUGAUAGUGAAAGUAGUGCUAUCAGAAGUAUAGAUUUAGAAAGUGGACAAGUUUCGGUCGUUUGUGGUGCAAACAGAAAUCCUGUGGAUUUGCACGAUUAUGGAGACUCUGAUGGUAUAAAAUAUGCAGCUAAGCUUCAACAUCCUUUAGGUAUAACUUGGCACUCGAAAGACAAUGCUGUUUAUAUAACUGAUACAUAUAAUCACAAAAUUAAAAAAAUUGAUGUAACCACUCAGAAUUGUAAAACUAUAUAUGGUGAUGGAAAACCAAAUGAGAAAUUUUCAUUCGAUGAACCUAGCGGUAUUGCUAUCAGUUCUGAAAAAGAUCUUUUAUAUGUGGCUGAUACUAAUAAUCAUGAAGUAAAGGUUAUCGACACGAAAAAGGAAAAUAUUACUACGUUAUCGAUAAACAUUUCGACGAUUGAAAUGAACAACAGUUCUAAAAAUAUUUAUUUUUUCGAUACCACAGUUAACGAAAAAGGUGCCGAAUUAAAUAUUUCAUUCAACAUAAUAUUUUUUGAACGUGAUUUAAAAUUAAAUUUAGAUGCACCACAAAGAUGGACUUUGAAUUUGCCUAUAAAUAAUUCUGGAUGGAUAGCUAGAGCAAGAAAUGGAGAACUUUCAAAUCCUAUAUCAAUAAAGAUUCCCGAAGGAAAAGAAACACAAGAGGUGUGCGUAAUUUUGGAUAUUAUUGCUUGCAAAACAACCGAAUGCGUAUCAAAAAAAUUGUCAGUAACAUAUCGUAUACAUCAAGAAGCACAUGCUUGUAAUAUUGUAACCGAACAAAAACAACUUAUUGUUAAAUAAUAAAUAUUCUUAUUUUCAUUUCUC